AUGAGUGAGGACUUCAUCCUAUUGCAGAACAGAGAAGACAUCACUCUGGGAGGAAGUUUUGAUGAAGAAGCCGCCUCAGAUGUCACCGGUAGAGGCCAUGAGCGUAGCUCAGACAGGGUGAGCGUUUGGGGGUCACUACCUGAUGUGUGCCUAAGGCUUGUGUUUAGGUUUCUUCCUGUCCAUGAUCGCUUGAGUGCAGGCCUGGCCUGCCGUCACUGGCACUACGCCAUGCGAUGUCCCUCUCUCUGGCGCUCCUACUUCUACUUCUUCAAUGGUCACAUGUGCAGAUACGGGCAGUCUGAACGCCUUGCUGCUGUGAACUAUGUGCGCUCUCUGGGAGUCUACCUUCAGAGGCUGGAGGUGUGUGUGAGCCCUCCAUGCACGUUUCUGGCAGCACUGCGAAUUGAGCGAGCCAUCAUUAGGCUGUUGUCUGAGCUUACCAGAGUUAACGCCCUACUGUGGUCCUUUUCCCUCAAAAUGCUGGAGUUGGACCGGGUCGCUUGGACUUUGCGCAUCAAGAACUCUUUAGUAAACAGCCUGACUCACUUCCUCCGCAGAAGAUCCUCGAAGCUCACCUCUGUUUGUCUGUACGGGAUGCAAAACUGCAUGAAUCAUGCUCUGUUGCUGCUCUCGGCUCUGUCGCAUGCUCAGAACCUCUCAUCUUUGGACGUGAGGAAAUUCUUUUCUGGUGCUGUGCAUGUCCACCUGAACUCCAGGGUGCCCGAUGCCAUGGGCCACCUGCAAGGCCUCACCCACCUGAGCCUGAGCUACUCCUGUCUGUCAGACGGGCUGCUAACGGCUCUCGGACACGGCGGAAGGAGGCAGAGCUCCAGUCGAGACGGGGUCACUUUGAGAACAUUUUCUCUGCACUGCACUUUGAAUGAGCCCCAUCGACAGCUGGUGUCCGGUGGCUCAUGGGCAACUUUGGCAUCAAGCUGCCCGGACCUGAAAGUCAUGCUCACGGUGGAACAAGUCAUCAACACUAACCACCUUGCAAACAUAUUGCUGCCUGAGAUUCCCCUGACAGAAUACACCAUGGCAGCUCUCUACUACUCCGACGACUGGAACGCCACACCUACCCUAUGUGACAUGCUGCCUCGGUUCAGACGCAGCCUUCAGUAUCUGACCCUGGAUCUGGGCAACUUCAGCGAAUCACUGGAUGAGGAGCUGCUGGAGCUGGUGAAGGUGUGUGAGUGUCUGGAGCAGCUGACAGUCUGGGCUUUUUUGGAAGUCAGCACUGUGGAGAGGCUGCUGCACAUCAGGCUGACACAAAAGAGCUUACUCAACAAGAUCAGCAUGGAAAUCUACACAUUGGACAACAUCGGAGAGCAGAGAGACCAGCUGAAGGAAAUAUUGUCUUCCCACCAGCAUCUCCCUCCUCAGCUGGAGUUUUCCGUCAUAGUUUGCCCCUAUAUUGAUUUGUGA